UAGCGUUUCCUGGGGGGGAGGAAACUGGUCUGCUUUAGUUGCUGUGCCACAUCACACAACAAAACACAUCGGUGAUAGCUGGGGGGGAGGAAACUGGUCUGCUUUAGUUGCUGUGCCACAUCACACAACAAAACACAUCGGUGAUAGCUGUGUAAACAGGGCCUGUGGCCAUGGCUAAAGACCCGUUGGCCGAGGCUGGCAUUUAUUUUGAUGAACUCAAUAAGCUCAGGGUACUGGAGCCUUAUGUAGGCCAGAAGACCUCAGAGCUGAAGGAGGAGUGUAAAGAAUUUGUGGACAAAAUUGGCCAGUUUCAGAAGAUAGUUGGUGGUCUGAUUGAACUGGUUGAUGAAUUGGCAAAAGAAGCAGAGAGAGAAAAGAUGAAGGCAAUAGGAGCCAGAAACCUGCUGAAGUCAGUAGCAAAACAAAGGGAGGCUCAACAGCAGCAACUCCAGGCUCUCAUUGCAGAAAAAAAGAUGCAACUUGAGAGGUAUCGUAUCGAGUAUGAAGCCUUGUCCAAGGUGGAGUCGGAGCAGAACGAGUUCAUCGACCAGUUUAUUCUGCAGAAGUGACGAUUCGACUGUGACCUUGCUCAGACCUGGUAUUACCAUUAGCCUUGGGUGUUCCAAUCACAAGUGGUCAGGGAUAGGUACAGGUCUUAACGCUGAGAUCUGAUCACUCAAACCACAUCAGAAGCGGUCUGGGACACACGCACAUUUCCAAAUUAGUUCUCCUCUGCUGAUGUCGUCUCUCCCACUACAGUUUCAAAUCGACGCAAACAUAUUUAUACGCUUCUCAGUGUCACUACGAUUUGGUUCAGACUACUAUCACAAUAUUAAAACUGACCACCACAUAAUGACUGACUUUUCUUAAAUUAGUAAAGUAGUUCUUCACAGCUGCACAAUAUUCUCUCUCUCACAUUCAGGGCGUAUUGUAAUACCAGGUGUGAGCACGGCCGGAGAGAGAUGAAGGUGUGGGACACAAGUGCCUGUCCUUUUGUCAGGGUGAUACUGACCUCAGAGAACUACUCUGCUGCACCUCCCUUCUUCUGAAGCUCCACCUUUAUCCUUAAACACCAAUACCUUUUCUUACACCCUAUCUCUGCCUGUGUGGUUAAAUAAAUGUAAGCUUGAAUACACUUAACAUUAAGCUUUUUUCACACCAAAUAUCUCUACAUCUCAGACCAACAUUAAAAAUGAAGCCAUUUAUAUUAAGAACUCUUAUUUAUAAUAUUUAUACUGAAGAAUACCCUAAAUAUUUAGUUGUAUUACUUUUUGUAUCAAUCCAAAUACUGCAUGUGCAUGAAUUUGUAAAUACACCAUUUUUUUUUAAACGGUGGAAACACAUCAUUUGAUCAUCUGUGUUAUUUUCGUUUAUAUUUCAUUCUUCUGGUAGAACCAGUCUGUUGGUACAAAACAUGACGAAUAGAUCCUCCUCUUCAUUCUGCCAUGUGUAAUAUUGUCUUUUAUUCAUUAUAAGACUAAUGGAUAUACUUGAAUAAAUACUGUCAAUUGCACAAAAAGUUCCAUGUGUUGCUGCAAAGCAGGCAUAUCCAUGUAUUUAAACUCUGCUCAGUUGUUCCUAUGCUCUCAACAAGUAAUUCCAUUAAUGGACCUAAUUUAAAAUGUAUUUCAGAGUCGAGAGCAGUUUUUAACUAUCUAUUUUUGCAUGGAAAUCUAUAGAUUUCUAACACACUGUUUGAACAUCAUUUCCAUGAAGUGCUUUAGAUUUGUAAGAAAGUAGCCACAGUCUGACCUGUCAGGUCAUAUCUUUAUCUCAGUGAAUCUGUCAACUGUCAUAUUAAGAUCUCUGCAUCUGAUUUUGGAAAACAUAAAUAUCAGCUCUCUCUACAAAGAAACAAACUGUGGUUAAAACAUAUCCUGACUUUUAACCUCUUGUGCGGUUCAUCAUCAAACUCAAUAAAGGAAGGGUUGCUUUUUU